GGCGUCACCAGUCGUCCCACGCACGCCUGCUGUUUGCCGCCGUCUAGGUAGACAUUACGUUGUCGUGCAUUGUCGUCGUUAGUUGCCCUUGCGAGAACGGUUGUGUUACAUGGCCGACGUGCUCCGCAAGCUGCCGCUGGUCCUCCUCGUCGUGAUUCUGCUUCUCGUUGUCGUCUUUGUUCAGGUGUGCAUAUUGGGGAGGUUGCCUUCACGUACUCGCAGGAAACGAGGGGUGAGGAAGAGCGUGGCCAUGGACGGGCGGCGGCCGAAUCUUGCCACGUUGUCGGACACUUAUCCCAGCCUCCGGCCUGCGAUCUGCACCGGUGUAGACAGAAGGGCAGCAGGUCCGUCGCCGUACGAAGGACUCCCGCCUCACAUGCAGCCUCUGCCCUAUUCGGACGACGGGGAGGCGGACGUGGACGUGUCCAACACAGUUCCGCUGGGUAGCGGGUCGACCCAGGAAUGGACGGGUAGCCAGUUGUAUGAUCGGCGCGGAGCGAAGUACAGGCAGUUGUUCACUUCCCUCCUCCACGAAGGUGCCCAGGACGAGGAAUGCCUCCCCCCUGUGGAUCUCACAUUUGUCCUGCGGAGCGGGAGCCCAUCUUCUGCCACGCGCACUGUGCUCGUGAACCCUCAUCCCAACGACGACGCGGGGCAGGUGACAUUGGUCGGCAGGGGCACGACGGGUGGUUCUGCGCCUCAGGAGACGUCGGAGAAGACGAGGGAGCGGCCUCGAGUGCAGGCGACUUGUGGCCCGUCAAUUCCACGCACCACCGGUGGUCGCCCUGAGUGGAUGAACCCCCCUCCUGCGUUCUCCAGGGGCCGCGACACCGUUCCUCGUCCCGAGGAACGGGGUGUGACUGAGGAAGACUUCCCUUUCGAGGGCGCGCAUGGAGAUGGCAGGCGGGUAUGGAAGGAGUCGAGGCAGGAGUUGCGGCGGCAGCAAGAAGCCACACUAUCAGCCCGAGCAAUAUUGCAGAUACCGGUGGCGCAGGAGGUGUGCAACUCCCAUCUGCAUAGUCGGCGACUCCGGAAUCUGUGGGGGACGGGGAUGCCGCUGGAGAUGGCAACGACGAAGACGACAACUCAUCGCGUGGGGGCUCACAGACGACUAGAAGUCCGGCCGGUUUCGGGAAGAGGAAAAACCCGUGUGGUUGUCGUGUCUUCGUCAUCGCCAUCAUCGUUGUCUGUCUUCUCGACGAUGACGGAUACUCGCAACUCUGGCAAGGGGAAAAGGGGGAGGGAUUCCCUGAAAACGGAAGCUGCCGGCGUCGUGAAGCGGGGGAGGCAUCAGGCGAAGAAGCCCAAGGCAUCAAGCGGCGGUGCUCUGGUGAUCGGGAGGUCCGCGGGGGAAGAGUGGGUUACCGAGGCCACCAGCGGAGAGGACGACGAUUUCGAAUCGGAGGCGGACACGCAGAGGCGAUCUGGAAACCUGGCGGCUCUGGAGGCGAAAGCGAAACUGUGGGUGGACGAUCUGCGUUUCUGGAACGAGACGGAGGGGCAUGGGAUGUUCAAGAUCAUCCAGGAGACGCGCCUGCACCUCAUCGCCAUCGCGAAGGGUGUGAAACCGUCGGAGAUCAGAAAAAGCAUUGUCAUCCCGAACGCCACGAUCCCUCAGCAGAAGCUGGAAGACKYRUCGGAGUUGGGGGCCGCSAAGGAGAGGGCUUCGAGGGUGCAGACCAUAGCGUUACGCAUCAUCCAUGGGUGGAUCUUCAAGUCCCCCAAUCGCGCGCGYGGGUACCACUGCUCCUACGGCUAUGUGCUGAACCACGUCGCCACAGACCUCGCCCGCGCCAUCUGGUUUGGAGAGGACUGGCGGGUAUGUGUGAGUCCGGCGGUCGUCCAUAACACUUUGGAGCUUCAUAUGAAGCUCCCCAUCUGGUACGUAGGUGGCGUCAUACACGACAGGCACGAGGACGACGAGAUGGCGUCGUAUCAGGAGUCCACAACGCAGCGUCUGGUGGGAGCUUUCACGAAUGCUGUUGACAUGGGGGAGGGGGUAGACGGCGGGCGGAUAUCGUACGAGAGGCUGAGGAACGUGGCAGACUGCAUGCGCCUCUUGCUGUCUGCCGCCAUGUGGAUCAUGAGGAUGGCAGGAGAUAAUCUCCGUUCGCAUUAUGAGGCAUCCCAUCUCGUGGAGCUCAUUGCGAAACCGACGCUCAUUGCGUCGCUACAUCGAUCGUUCGACGCGCGCCGCCAUGUUCUGCAGUGUGUGAAUGCAGUAACAGAGAAAAUGGGGAAGCCCCCCAUGACGUUGGUUGACCCUCCGGUGUACAUCCCCGAGUGGGCGUUGUGGACGACGACAGGAGGUGACCGCGCACAGCCACCCGCCGGUGCUGCUGCUGAUGGCGAUGAUGUCGACGAUGAUGACGUUGUUGAUGAUGAUGAUAACGGUGACGAUGAUGAUGAUGGUGACGACAACGAUGAUGAUGAUGACGAUGUUCAUGAUGAUGAUGACGAUCAUGAUGAUGACGAUCAUGAUGAUGACGGUGACGAUGAUGAUGGUGAUGAUGAAGAUGAUGAUGAUGAUGAAGAUGAUGAUGAUGAUGACGAUGAUGAUGACGAAGGUGGUGAUGGUGAUGACGACGAUGGUGGUGACGAUGUCGAUGUCGUCGAUGAUGAUGGGGAUAGGAGUUGGCAUGGCGUGUAAAUAGCGGUUGUGCGCGUUUCGUAGACUGUCUUCUACUUCCCUUGCGUCGAGUCGUUUCCUGUUGUAAAAGUGGUUACCGA